AUGUCUACGUCCAUCCGCAAAGUCUUGAUCUCCAACUUCGGCGACGCGUCCAACGUGUCAGUCAUCACAGCAUCCAUACCUGCGCCUUCUGCCAACGAUGUUCAAAUAAGAGUCCUUUACGCUAGCAUGGGUGGUUCAGAUAUAGCCAUGCGACAAGGCGUCUACCCGUUACAAAAGAAAGCACCCUUGACACCAGGUUACGCGCUCGUCGGUCGCGUGCUUCAAAACGGAUCUGCUUGCACCAAAUACCAAGUUGGAGAUCUUGUCACAUGUCUCUCAAUUUAUGAUGCGGAAGCCGAGCUCUGCAACCAGCCUGAAAAGCAUCUCUUUGGUCUGCCAGAAGGACUCGAUCUGCAGCAAGCGGUUGCACUGGUGCUAGAUUGGAACACUGCCUACGGGUUGGCUUAUCGAGCCGCUAAGAUCUCUGCUGGCCAACGUGUUUUCAUCCACGGUCUCAGCGGCAGUGUCGGUUUCGCCCUUCUCACUUUUUGCAAGAUGCAAGGUGCAGACGUCUACGGAACAGCAUCAGUCGCCAACCAUGCGGCUGUCCGUGAAGCAGGCGCAACUCCCUUCGUGUACUCUGACAAGAACUGGAUGACUACCAUGAGAGAUUUGGGUGGCGCAAACCUCGUGUACGACGCUCUCGGUUUUGAAUCUUGGGACGAGAGCUGGAACAUCCUAUCGAAAGGCGGUCAUCUUGUGGGUUAUGGCGGCAAUUACAACAUGCUGAAUGGUGGGAAACCUCGUAGUCAGCCGGUACAGGUCGCAAAACUGCUUGCAAGAGGACUUGUGCCUUUUUGUCCAUAUAAGACGAGUUUCUACUACAUCGACCGCGAUCAAAAGACGUUUAAACCGGAGUUGAGAAAGCUGUUUGAAAUGCUGGGAAGUGGGGCUAUUCGGGUACCAAUCAGGAAGAUAUGGACAUUGGAAGAGGUGCCGGAAGCGCAUCGUGUUUGGGCCAAAGGGCCGGGUAUUGGGGCUGUGAUCAUAAAGGUCACUGAAGAUAAGGAACCACACCGCUAG